AUGUCUGUCUCAGCAUCAAAAGCCAAGAGAGAAGCUAAGCGUUUAGAAAAGGAAGCUAAGAAAACUGCUGAAGGUAAGACCACCAAGAAGACUAAGAAGCAAGCUGAAAAGGAUGCUGAAGAAAAGGAUGUUGAUUCUGCUCAACAGCAAAUUGACAGAUUGAAGUUACAAACUGAUGCUGACGGUCUCUCAGACAGAGUCACCACCGGUGUCUUGGAAUCAUUGGUCUCAUCCAGAGAUGUUAAAUUAUCAUCUGUAUCAUUAUUGUUCCAUGGUAAGGUUUUAAUUCAAGAUUCCAUUCUUGAAUUGAAUUAUGGUAGAAGAUAUGGUCUUUUGGGAGAAAACGGAUGUGGUAAGUCAACCUUGUUGAAGUCUAUCGCUGCCGGUGAAUUCCCAAUCCCUGAACACAUUGAUAUUUACUUGUUGAACGAGCCAGCUGAACCAACUGAAUGGUCAGCCAUUGAAUACGUUGUCAGAGAAGCUGAACAUGAAAUGAAGAGAUUAGAAGACCUCGUCGAAGAUAUAAUUGUUAAGAAUGGUCCAGAAGAUCCAGCCUUGGAUGGUUUAUACGAAAAGAUUGAUGAAAUGGAUCCUGCCACUUUUGAAUCUAGAGCUGCUGUUAUCUUAACCGGUUUAGGUUUCAAUGGAACAACUAUCAAGAAGCACACCAAGGAUAUGUCUGGUGGAUGGAGAAUGAGAGUUGCCUUAGCUAAGGCUCUUUUCGUCAAGCCAACCGUCUUAUUGUUGGAUGACCCUACUGCCCAUUUGGAUUUAGCUGCUUGUGUUUGGUUAGAAGAAUACUUGAAGAGAUUCGACAGAAUCUUGGUAUUGGUCUCCCACUCUCAAGAUUUCCUUAAUGGUGUCUGUACCAAUAUGAUCGAUAUGAGAAUGAAGAAGUUAUUAUUAUACGGUGGUAACUACGAUACUUAUGUGAAGACCAGAACUGAACAAGAAACUAAUCAAAUGAAACAAUACGCCAAGCAACAAGAAGAAAUUGCCCAUAUCAAGAAGUUUAUUGCUUCCGCUGGUACCUAUGCUAAUUUGGUUAGACAAGCAAAGUCUAGACAAAAGAUUUUGGACAAGAUGGAAGCCGAUGGUUUGAUUCAACCAGUUAUCCCAGAUAAGGUUUUCUCAUUCAAGUUCCCAGAUGUUGAAAAACUCCCACCUCCAGUUUUAGCCUUCGAUGGUAUGUCAUUCUCAUACUCUGGUAAGGAUGAAGAUAACUUGUACGAAAACUUGGAUAUAGGUAUCGAUAUGGAUUCAAGAGUUGCUCUUGUUGGACCAAACGGUGUGGGUAAAUCUACAUUAUUGAACUUAUUCCAAGGUAAAUUAACUCCACAAAAGGGUAGAGUUAUUCAACAUACACACAUUAAAUUGGGUGUUUACUCCCAACAUUCUCAAGAUCAAUUGGAUUUAACCAAGACUCCAUUGGAAUUCGUCCGUGACAGAUUCCCUCAUAUUUCUCAAGAUUUCCAAUACUGGAGACAACAAUUAGGUCGUUACGGUUUGACCGGUGAAGGUCAAACUUCUCAAAUGGCCACUUUGUCUGAAGGUCAAAGAUCUAGAGUUGUCUUUGCAUUAUUAGCCUUGGAAGGACCAAACUUAAUUUUGUUGGAUGAACCUACUAACGGUUUGGAUUUAUCUACCAUUGAUUCUUUAGCUGAAGCUAUUAAUUCUUUCAAUGGUGGGGUUGUCGUUGUUUCGCAUGAUUUCAGAUUAUUGGAUAAAGUUGCCAAGGAUAUCUUCGUUAUUGAAAACAAGACUGCCACUAGAUGGAACGGUUCUAUUUUGGAUUAUAAGAAGCAAUUGGCCCAAGCCGUUGUUCUUUAG